UGCUUCGGCCGCAGCGCAGCUCAGAGCGCACUUGAUUCAGGUCGGCUGCGGGGAAGGGCGGGUCUGGGGAGAAACGCGGGCGCCGGGUGUUCUCCGACCCCUCCUCCUCGCCCGGCAGAUCCGUGGCUCGAGCCAGAGCGGCGCCGCCUCGAGCCCCCAGCCAUGGCUUUUGCCAAUUUUCGUCGCAUCCUGCGCCUGUCUACCUUCGAGAAGAGAAAGUCCCGCGAAUAUGAGCACGUACGCCGGGACCUGGACCCUAACGAAGUGUGGGAGAUCAUGGGCGAGCUGGGCGAUGGCGCCUUCGGCAAGGUUUACAAGGCCAAGAAUAAGGAGACGGGUGCCUUGGCUGCUGCCAAAGUCAUCGAGACCAAGAGUGAGGAGGAGCUUGAAGACUACAUCGUGGAGAUUGAGAUCCUGGCCACUUGUGACCACCCCUAUAUCGUGAAGCUCCUGGGAGCCUACUACCAUGAUGGGAAGCUGUGGAUCAUGAUUGAGUUCUGCCCUGGCGGAGCUGUGGACGCCAUCAUGCUGGAGCUGGACAGAGGCCUCACUGAGCCCCAGAUUCAGGUCGUGUGCCGCCAGAUGCUGGAAGCCCUCAACUUCCUGCAUAGCAAGAAGAUCAUCCAUCGAGACCUGAAGGCUGGCAAUGUGCUGAUGACCCUUGAGGGAGACAUCAGACUUGCUGACUUUGGUGUGUCUGCCAAGAAUCUGAAAACUCUGCAGAAACGAGAUUCCUUUAUAGGAACGCCUUACUGGAUGGCCCCUGAGGUGGUGCUCUGUGAGACCAUGAAGGACACGCCAUACGACUACAAAGCUGACAUCUGGUCCCUGGGCAUCACGCUGAUUGAGAUGGCGCAGAUCGAGCCCCCGCACCAUGAGCUCAACCCCAUGCGGGUGCUGCUCAAGAUCGCCAAGUCAGACCCUCCCACACUGCUCGCACCCUCCAAGUGGUCAGCGGAGUUCCGAGACUUCCUGAAGGUAACCCUGGAUAAGAACCCGGAGACCCGGCCCAGUGCUGCCCAGCUGCUGGAGCACCCGUUCGUCAGCAGCAUCACCAAUAACAAGGCUCUGCGGGAGCUGGUGGCCGAGGCCAAGGCCGAGGUGAUGGAGGAGAUUGAAGACGGCAGGGACGAGGCGGAAGAGGAGGACGCUGUGGAAGCGACCUCUACUCUCAGGAACCACACUCAGGACUCUUCUGAGGCAAAUCCCCCGAGCCUCAAUGCCAGCAAACUUCCCCAGGAAUCUGCGCUGCUUCCACCCAGCCAACCUCAGGACAGCGUGGAUGGGACCUGCAGCCAGCCCUCUGGGGAUGGAUCCCUCAAAGCCACCGGCCCCCAGAAUGGAGCCCCUGCAGAUGAGAAUGGCCUAGCUGUGCCUGUUCCCCUCCGGAAGUCCCGGCCAGUGUCCAUGGAUGCCAGAAUUCAGGUGGCUGAGGAGAAACAAGUCACUGGCCAGGCCGAGGCCCUCAGUCCUGCAGCCAGGUCCCCAAAGGCAAGCCAGAGCCGGCCCAACAGCAGUGCCCUGGAGACUUUGGGCAGCGAGAAACUGGUCAAUGGCAGCCUGGAGCUCCCCACCCAGGCGGUGUCAGUCUCUUCCAAGAGGGCCUCGGACUCUGGCAGCCUGUCCACCUCCGAGAGCAUGGACUAUGGCUCCUCCCUGUCUGCUGACCUGUCCCUGAACAGAGAGUCAGGCUCACUGUCCCUCAAGGACUCCAGGCUGCACAACAAAACGCUGAAGCGGACCCGCAAAUUUGUGGUGGAUGGUGUAGAGGUGAGCAUCACCACUUCCAAGAUCAUCAGUGAAGACGAGAAGAAGGACGAGGAGAUGAGAUUUCUCAGGCGCCAGGAGCUCCGAGAGCUUCGGCUGCUCCAGAAAGAAGAGCAUCGGAAUCAGACCCAGCUGAGCAACAAGCAUGAGCUGCAGGUGGAACAGAUGCACAAACGUUUUGAACAAGAAAUCAACGCCAAGAAGAAAUUCUUUGACACAGAGCUGGAGAACCUGGAGCGGCAGCAGAAGCAGCAGGUGGAGAAGAUGGAGCAAGACCAUGCCGUGCGGCGCCGGGAGGAAGCCAAGCGGAUCCGCCUUGAGCAAGAGCGGGACUAUGCCAAGUUCCAAGAGCAGCUCAGACUGAUGAAGAAGGAGGUGAAGAGUGAGGUUGAAAAGCUUCCCCGGCAGCAACGGAAGGAAAGCAUGAAGCAGAAGAUGGAGGAACACACGCAGAAAAAGCAGCUUCUAGACCGGGACUUUGUGGCUAAGCAGAAAGAGGAUCUGGAGCUGGCUAUGAAGAAGCUCACUGCAGAAAACAGGAGGGAGAUCUGUGACAAGGAGCGCGAAUGUCUCGGCAGGAAGCAAGAGCUCCUUCGAGACCGGGAGGCGGCCCUGUGGGAGAUGGAGGAGCACCAGUUGCAGGAGAGGCACCAGCUGGUGAAGCAGCAGCUCAAAGACCAGUACUUCCUCCAGCGGCACGAGCUGCUGCGCAAGCACGAGAAGGAGCGGGAGCAGAUGCAGCGCUACAACCAGCGCAUGAUAGAACAGCUGAAGGUGCGGCAGCAGCAGGAAAAGGCACGGCUGCCCAAGAUUCAGAGGAGCGAGGGCAAGACACGCAUGGCCAUGUACAAGAAGAGUCUGCACAUCAAUGGAGGGGGCAGUGCCUCUGAGCAGCGCGAGAAGAUCAAGCAGUUCUCCCAGCAGGAGGAGAAGAGGCAGAAGUCAGAGCGGCUGCAGCAGCAACAAAAACAUGAGAACCAGAUGCGGGACAUGCUGGCUCAAUGCGAAAGCAACAUGAGUGAGCUACAGCAACUGCAGAAUGAAAAGUGUCACCUCUUGGUAGAGCACGAAACCCAGAAGCUGAAGGCCCUGGAUGAGAGCCAUAACCAGAACCUGAAGGAGUGGCGAGACAAGCUUCGGCCACGCAAGAAGGCUCUAGAGGAAGAUUUGAACCAGAAGAAGCGGGAGCAGGAAAUGUUCUUCAAGCUGAGUGAGGAGGCAGAGUGCUCCGUCCCCACCACGCCGAGCAAGGCCGCCAAGUUCUUCCCCUACAGCUCUGUGGAUGCUUCUUAAAACCCCUUUGCCGGAGCAGGGCCUCGGGGUUCUGCCAUCCUCUUUCCCCUUGUUCUGUGCCAGUUUGCAUCCAGCCGCUUGCUCUGUGCCCUCUGGCUGUGCUCCACACGCCUGCCUGACUCCUCACUUGCUCGUGGAGAAUGAAGAGUUACAUGUGGCACCUGUCCCUGAUGUGUGUCCUCAUCGAGCUCCAUGUCCCGUCCAGCUGCACCUGACUUGGGCUCUCAGUGGGGGCAGGACCCAGGAGGAAUGGGUGUGCCGGGGCCUCAGGGGCCCUCUUUUCUGCCAAAAUGCCAGUUUUGCUGUCGGGUGGCACAAAAUGCUGCUGCUGAGUCACUGUGGGCUCAUCCGCAUUGUGAGUGUGGUGGUUUUUAGCGAUUACUUGCAGUAUCAGACAGGAACCUUAUCCGCCAUUUCAGCUCCCAGUAGAGCCAGUCUGGCAGCUGGCUACUCGGGAUGUCUUUGCUCCCCUGGUUCCCCAUUUGCUUUCUGCUCAAGACAAGGCUGCGUGUAUGUGAGGGGAGGAGAUGGAGAAGGAACCUCAAGUGUUUGUUCUGCUGUCCUCGCAUUUCCUUUCGCUGGGCGUGCGCGCACACACGCACACACACAGACACAGACAGUGAGGCUUGCGGAUGCACUGAGCUGCAGGUUUGCUGGAGCAGUUGGUGGGCAACACGCUGGGUGUUGGCACCAGAAGCCCAGGGAUGGCACAGGCUGUACUGCUAGUCUGACUUAUUUUGGCCCCACACAAGGGAUAAACUCCUCACCACACAAGACUUCCACAACCCAGCCUGCCCACCCAGUCUGCGGGUGCUACAGGAAGGACCUUUCCUUUGGCCUUGGGCCCCGUCCCUCCCCUGCUUGGCAGUCACUUGGCUUUUUUUCCCAGAAGAAAAGGCGUGGGGGUCGGCUGUGGAACACAAUGCUCCCUGCCCCUGGGAACCUGGCCGAAGUAAAGGUCCUGACCUUUGGUGGACUCCUGGGUCCUCAGGUUACUCAGCCGGCCUCCUGAGACACUGAUCCUAUAAGGCUGCAGAGUGUAUGUAACCCAAUAAAAGCAAGUGCCCCAGCCUGCUUGCGGCUUAUUUACAAAGACUUUUUUCAUCCUGAUUUCCAACUGUUCUGUGAAAGUAAAUAUAAAAUGUAUGGCUGGCUUCUAGCCAGAGACAGUGACAAUGCUCGUCAUCCCAGCACUCAGGAAGCUGAACCAGGAGGAUCAUGAGUUCGAGUCUAGCCUGGAUCACAUACUGAGGACUUGUCCAAAAAAAUAUAUAUAUAUGUAUGAAUGUUUUGUGUGCAUGUAUGUAUCUACUUAGAAUCUACAGUGCUAGCUGGGCUACACGCCUGUAAUCCCAGCACUCGGGAGGCUGAGACAGGAGGAUCACUGCGAGUUCAAGACU